AUGUCUUUUCAUUUCCUGUUUCAUCUUCAAUUUAACGAGCAUUUCGUCGAAAAUCUUUGGAAAAUUUUCUGUCAACAUAAGUCACUCCCGGUUCAUUGUAUCGUCGAAACAAUCCUUUCGCUGGAAGAACAAAACGAUAAUCGUGAAAAAAAUAACUGGAGAAGAAAAUCAAAUGUCGAAAUUGAUAGUUACGUUAUUAUUCCGGUAAAUACUCCGAUACAAGAACUCGUUUUGGUUGCUUUAACAAGAUUGGGAUACCCGAAAGAAUCAGCUGCUUCUGCCAAAGGUGCUAUACUGAUAAGAAAUUGGAGAGCUUUGUCUUUUGACACGAUAUCACCUGGUCCGAUGGUAACCGUCGGAGAAUUAUUAAGCGAAUUAAGCACUAUAGCAACUCUAAGAAUACAAAUUUUAAGACCUAAAACGAGUCUCAUACAGGAUAUUAAAGAUAAAUUGUUACGCCUGCUACUCAUCCAGAGUUAUAAUUUAUUACUUCGAUCUGGAUGUCCUCUGGAUACGCUUACUUUAUCGAAUUUAUGUCGCGAUAAUGCCACGACAACACAACACAUCGAACCAAGCGAUGACAUACGUACAAAAUUUGAAUCGUGGGUAUCAUCACAAAUAAACAAUCCAUAUUUUCACAUGUUAUCAUCACCAAUAGUACCAACCACAGUAUCGACACAAAGGAUAUCGAGUCCGAUUCGAAAAGAAUCUGAUAUGCAACAACAACAAACACAACAAACACAACAAUCAAUGUUACAAAAUCAAUUAACACAAAAAACAAGAAUGAGAACAAGUUUUGAUCCUGAAUUAGAGUUACCAAAAUUACAAAAAUGGUUUUUAGAAAAUCAACAUCCUAGUCGACAACAGAUACAACAAUACGUAAAAGAAUUAAAUAAUUUAGAAUCGAGACGUGGAAGAAAACCGUUGGAUGUUAAUAAUGUCGUUUAUUGGUUUAAAAAUGCAAGAGCGGCGCAAAAACGAGCCGAACUCCGAGGUUUUUGCGCUCCUUUAUUAAACAUGAACGUUAACGGUUUUCACGGUUUUCACAAUUCCUUAAGAACUCAACCCCCGAGUUUGAUAUCCUCCGAUCAACAUUCCGUGUCGGAAGAUGAAAUGUCGAGAUUAUCAGACAACGAAGACAGCACUCGAACGAUCGAUAUUAACGAUAACGAAUCGGAUGUUCCCUUGUCUUUAACCACGUCUAAUAAUCAGAGAAAUUAUCAUAACGAUUGUUACGAUAACGAAAAAAAACAUUCGUCAUCCUCAUCGUCUUCUGCUAAAAACGACGAAAUAAUGCAAGAAGAUUCGUCGCAAAUCGUUAAAGAUGUCGGUUGUUUGAGUGAUGGAAACGCCAAAGAAGAAAAUAAUAAAAAAAUUGAAUCAUCCCCUAAUCGAGAUGUUAACAAAACAACGACGGAGAGUAAAAAAAAAGAAAAUGGCGUCGAUGGGAAAGAGACAAACGUUGAAAAAGAUGAAGAAUGUUUGAAAAAAUUACCACCGACAACUCAUUCUAACGAACACAUUAAUAAUAAUAAUAAUAAUAAUAAUAAUAAUAAUAAUUGUAGUGAUCAAACAUUUUCCGACGAUGAUGAUCCGAUUGAUGACGAAAGGGCGACGAUCGAUUUAAGAAGCAGAAAAAAUUCUAUCGAUGAUUUACGUAGUCCUAGUCCGACGAGUGGAGUUCUAAUGCCACGAUUACCACCAGGUUUUCCGCUCGUACCGAAUUCAAUGAUGAGUCAAUCGAUUAUGUACAUGAGUCAUUACAUGCCUGGUUUAUCACCUUUGGGACCUGGAAGAGAUCAAUCAAUGUUGACGUUAUCACAAGACGAAAGAAGGAAAAGAAACAGGACGUUUAUUGAUCCCGUAACGGAAGUACCACGUUUGGAACAAUGGUUUUCUUUAAACACUCAUCCAUCUCACAAUUUAAUAUUGAAAUACACGGAUGAACUUAAUCGCAUGCCCUACAGGCAAAAAUUUCCACGUUUGGAACCUAAAAAUGUACAAUUUUGGUUUAAAAAUCGUCGUGCCAAAUGUAAAAGAUUGAAAAUGUCUUUAUUCGAAAAUCAGGGAUCUCAUUAUCAACCAAAUUAG